UCACUUCUAUAUAUUUUUAUAUCAUUUUCGAUAACCGCAAUGUUUUCGAAUUAAAUAUACGGUUAUGAGAGUUUAGCUAACAACGGUUUUGUCUAAUGUUUAGUUUGUUUAUCUAGAUAUUGUGUUUAUCUAAAAUGGUGGCGAGAUAUAAAUAUAUACUAUAUGUGUUGCCGGUGAUAGUAGCUGUGUUACUAGUGGCUAUCCUAUUAGGGCUGUUCUUGAAGCCUGAAUCAAGUUAUCUGGGACCGAAGAUUGUUAUUGAUCACGAUGGUGGAGCUGACGAUGCAAUUGCCAUAUUAAUUGCGCUCAUCAAUGAAAAGUACUUUUCUGGGCCAAACGUUGUAGCAUUGACAACAGUUCACGGUAAUGUUAAUGAAAGUCAGGUUUUCAUUAAUUCACAAAGAAUACUAGAUGUUGCCGACAGGAGCGAUGUCCCAAUUUAUAGAGGAUCUGCAGAACCUUUGAUAAGUGGCAUCAUGUCCGAUUUCUAUUUUGGAUUCGAUGGCUUGGGUGACAAUGAAAUUGAAACAUUUAAAAGAACUGAAGCGCAAUUAGAACAUGCAGCAUUGGGACUUAUUGAACUAUCGAAGAAAUACAGUGGUGAACUAACCAUUGUUGCAAUCGGCGCUUUGACGAACAUAGCUCUUGCGAUCAGACUUGAUCCCGAAUUUAUACAGCGACUUGCCCAUCUUUAUAUUGGCGCUGGACAUAUUUACAGUGAAAGGUUCAAUAAACCCGAGUUUAAUGCAGCCAUGGACGUUGAAGCUUACGAAAUAGCCCUUAGUGACAGCACACCCGAUGACGUCACUUUAUUACCUUUCUCACAAGUAUUGCAAGAUCUUGACAUCGAUAAAAAUUGGCGAACUGAUGUAUUGGGCGCUAUACCAAACAAUAUUGUAAGAAGUUUGAAUGCCUUUGAAAGGGUGUCGCUGCAAUCGUCUGCUAACUGGUCUCUACUGGAUCCGGCAGUUAUGGCUAUUGUUCUAGAGAAAUCUAUUGUUGAUGAAACAAAGUGUUCCUUAAACAGUAUUAUACUAUGCGAUGAGUACAGAGGAAUAAAUACGAAUAACUUUACGUCAGAGACACCAAACAGCGAAGUGGUAUAUAAACUGAAUAAGGAAAAUUAUAAGAAAUUCUUACUCGAGAUAUUUUCAGCUCCCGAAAAUAAUGUCAAAGCCAGCCAAGAAACAGCAUAGUACAAUCUAUACAAUUACGAACUUCUCUUUUCAGGAGCAUUUCUUUUCUACCGCUUUUGACUGCUAAAUGACUCCACUGCAUUAGUUUUUACAAUUACUAUAACUCCUUCUAGUGGUUCCGAUCU